AUGUACCAGAGUUUGGCACUUGCUCCAAAUCCUGGCCAGUCCGCCUACCCCCAUGAUUCCAGCAAUUUUCUGCACUCCCCAGCAAGUCCGGCGGUGUACGUCCCCACCAGUCGAGUUUCCUCCAUGCUCCAAAGCCUACCCUACCUGCAAAGCUGUGAUCCCACCCACCAAGGCCAUCCUCUGGGUGGCCACCCGGGGUGGGGUCAGCCAGCCAGCGCUGAGGCUUCCCACUUCAAUGCUGGCAGCCCUCACCCACCGUCCAGUUUUUCCUACACCCACAGCCCUCCUGGGGGAAGCACUGCUGGUCGAGACGGGGGCUACCAAAGUCCACUGUUGCUGGGCGCUGGAGGGCGUGACCAGUACGGCAACACUCUGAUGCGCUCUGUCAAUGGAUCCUACUCCAGCCCGUACCCCGGUGCUUAUGUGAACCCAGCGGAGAUGCCUCCAUCUUGGCCCGCCAGCCAUUUUGAGAGCAGCGUUUUGCAUAGCCUCCAGACACGACAAGGAGCCUUGCCUGGCCGGAGAUCCACGUUCGUUGCUGAUUUCUUGGAGGACUUCCCCGAUGGCCGAGAGUGUGUUAACUGUGGGGCCAUGUCCACCCCCUUAUGGAGGAAAGAUGGCACAGGGCAUUAUCUGUGCAAUGCCUGUGGCCUCUAUCACAAAAUGAAUGGGAUCAACAGGCCUCUUAUCAAGCCACAGAAAAGACUGUCUUCAACUCGUCGAGCUGGUCUUUGCUGCACUAACUGUCACACGACCAACACAACCCUCUGGAGACGGAACGCAGAAGGGGAGCCGGUGUGCAACGCCUGUGGAUUAUACAUGAAACUCCAUGGGGUGCCAAGACCUCUGGCAAUGAAAAAGGAAAGCAUCCAGACCAGAAAACGGAAACCUAAAAAUGUCAGUAAAAGCAAAUCCUCCUCAGGUUCCACAACUUCAACCACCAAUUCUCCUUCCUCACUUACAAACUCAGAGAGCACAGUCACUUUAAAAACCGAACCCGCCAUUACCCCACAAUAUCCGGGACAAGCAAUAGUGUCAACUUCCCAGGCUCCAAGUCAUUCUGAAAACGGGCUGGAGGACCCCCAUCCCCAGUUCAAGUAUGAGCCAGAAGACUACACUUUCCCAGCAUCUGCCAUGUCCCAGCCGUUGGGUCUGAACGUUGGCCCUCGUCAAGACUCCUGGUGUGCCUUGGCCCUGGCCUAA